AUGCGUUUCCUACGCACUCUCGUGACCUUCUUGUCACUCCUUCUGGUGACCUCAGCUGUGCCCACGAGCCAGAAAGAUAGUGUUCUCAGCAGCAUCGCGACCGUCUCUCAGGCUGUACAGGCAAACAAAGACGCCAUCAGUCGCUAUCAAGGUGGUUCACUAGCCACUAUUCCUAUCGGGCGAAAGUCUUAUGAUUGCUGGUAUGCACUGAGAGAGGCGCAUACCAAGCUCACCGACACCAAGUUCACACCGAAGGAGUCGGACGAGGUUGUUCAGCACUUUACAUCCCUGAACCAAGAUUCCAUGGACCUGCUGGAUCUCUACCGUGAGAAGGCACCCCUAUUGAAUAAGGCUGGUGUUAGCUGGAUGGUACCAAUCAUGAUGCAGGCUAUCUACCGAGAAGCAGACGACUAUUCCGCCGCACUCCAAGCUUUGAUGCCCGAGGAGGACGUUGCGCACAUGAAGGAGAUAACAGUCAAUCAUAACGCUGCGUGGAAUAAGGCGUUUGCGGCAUAUGAUCCCGCUGGCAAUUCAGAGCCUGUCCAGCAGUGGAGGACCUUAUUUUCGUUCUUCUCGCCAGCCCUGACCUACCUUCUCUGA